AUGGAAGAUCCAGACAAAAUGUCUACAGCUAAAGAAAACAUGAAGGACUUCCGGGAGAAAAUUGAAGGUGUCUACAAGCAUCUUGGGGAGAAGACGGAGGGGAUCUCCAAGGAGGUGAAUAUCAAGGGGGUUGAAGUAGGUAGUGGCGGGAUUUUCGGCCUGGUUCUAGUCUUCACGCCAGUACUUCUAAGUAUCUUCGGGCUGGGACAUGACUAUCUCUCCAUAGGCAUUACAAUCAUUGGAUACUUGAUUGCUAUAGCUCUUUCGUUACUCGAGGUUGUUCCAAAACUCCAGAAUAUAUACAAGGAGUACCAGGACACAGGCGAUGUGUCGAAGCUCUUUAGCUUCAAGAGCCUAAUGCUGUUGUUUCAAGCAGCCUUUGCAUUUGUUCUACUGCUCCACUUCUCCCAUAUAGCAGACAAGAACCGUGCAAAGGACACGGGAAUCUAUGGGCUGAUGAUCUCGAUGGUGUAUAUAUCUAGGCAAUCGUGGAAGCUGUCUAACUUUUCGAUCAAAAAUGAUGACUUUUACAAGUUCAUCGUUUGCUUGACUGCCCUUGUAAUGCUGCUUUUUAUGACAACCAUUGCAUGGAAAGACGCGACAACGUCGUACACCAUUGCAUGUACGCUACUUUCUGCAGUGAUAAUACUCUGUGACUACAUCGGGAAGCCCAUUUCUGAGAGAUUGGACGAGGUGGAGCCUCUUUCUGCAAUCACAGCACUUCUUCUCGUGUUCACUGUGAUGUACGUCAGUAUCAGUGCGAGCUCGGGUUUCAAGAUCCUUUCCUUUACCGGUAAAGCCUCUGUUGGCUGUAUGACUGAUUAG